AUGAAAUCUUUAUUCCUCACGGGUCUCCUGAGCGCCCUGACUUGGGCUUCUGAGUUCGCAUCAUAUCCAGACAUUCCUUUAGAUUAUCUGUAUACAACUGAGCCCGUCACACCACUCCCUCAAGGAUAUCCGUGGGGGUCAAAAACAGCCAAUGAUAGUCACCCCGAAGAACCCACACUUACCGGCGUAAUUCGAUCUUACGAUUUUCAUAUCAAGGCUGGACAGAUAGCCCCUGAUGGGUACCUCAAAGACGUGCUCCUGGUCAAUGAUCAGUACCCUGGACCUUUGAUUGAGGCAAACUGGGGUGAUACUAUCCAGGUCACUGUGCACAACGAUCUCGAAGAAGGUACUGCUUUGCACUGGCAUGCGUUCCUACAGAAAGAAACACCAUGGCAAGAUGGCGUCCCAGGCAUUACGCAAUGUCCAAUUGCUCCGGGUGCAUGCUUCACGUAUACCUUUGUGGCGGACUCUUAUGGAACAAGCUGGUACCAUUCGCAUUACUCUGCACAGUAUGCUGAUGGUAUCCUUGGCCCAAUCAUUGUCCAUGGCCAUCCAACCGUGCCUUAUGACAUUGACCUGGGUCCAAUCAUGUUAUCUGAUCUCUACCAUGUGCCAUACACUACAGUACUCGAACAUUUGUUUGACGAGGAUUUUGCCGUUGUUACCAAGCCCGCCAACAACAAUCUGAUCAAUGGAAGAAACUCCUGGAACUGCACGCUAAAAGAUUUGGGCGAUGAUACGCCUUGCCAGAGCAAUGCUCCACUUUCCGAGUUUAGAUUGACCCCGGGAAAGAAACAUCGCCUUCGAAUCCUGAAUGUUGGAGGAAGCGCUAUUCAAAAAUUCAGUCUUGAUGGCCACAAGCUGCAGGUCAUUGCACAUGACUUUGUACCUGUCCUUCCUUACGAGGUCGAGUUCCUCACUCUCGGAGUUGGUCAGCGUGCCGAUGUCAUUGUCGAGGCACUUGCCAACGGUACCGGCACAUACACCAUGAGGGCAACAAUCCCCCCGGCUCCUUGUGCAAACAGUGUCGACCACGACGCGACAGCCCUUGUACACUAUGGCAAUACCACAUCGACAUUUAGCAACAGCUCCAGCGAGGCGUGGCCUUCCUUCAUUGAGGCCUUGGGAGUCUGCGAUGGUCUACCAACCGAAGAGAUCACCCCUUGGUAUGCGAUUCCAGCUCCCGAGGCUCCGGCAACCACCCAAAUCAUCAAUGUCACGCUCGCCCAGAACGAGACGGGUCAGUACCUGUUUUACAUGGACAACUCUUCCUUCAGGGUCAACUACAACCACCCGGUCCUCCUGCUCUCCAACCUCGGCAACAACUCAUACCCAGACGACCCAGAGUGGAACGUGUACAACUUUGGGUCCAACAACUCGAUUCGCAUCGUCAUGUAUAACAAUGCGAUCCGCACGCACCCAAUCCACCUACACGGGCACAACUUUUUCGUCGAGGCCGUCGGGCUGGGCGAGUGGGACGGCCAUGUCGACCACCCAGAGAACCCGGUCCGGCGCGACACGGCCAUGCUGCCGCAGGGCGGGUACAUGGUCAUUUCGUUCAACGCCGACAACCCGGGCGCCUGGCCGCUGCACUGCCAUGUUGCCUGGCACGUGUCGUCGGGAUUCUACGUCACGGUGCUCGAGCGCCCCGACGAGAUUGCCGAGUACAAAAUUCCCAGCGUCGUGGGGCAGACUUGCAGGGACUGGUGGGGCUAUACCAACCAUACCAUUGUCAACCAGAUUGACUCUGGCCUUUAG